UUAGAACCGCAGGGAACGAACGCUUUUUUAACCCUUCAUACUGCUCCAUCCUCAAUUCCCCUGUUUCACCAAAAAACCUUCUUCUUCCCGACCACCCCAAACCCUAACCGAGUUUUCUGAUCCACAAGAGAGAAAAGAUGAUGGAGUGGAACCGACCGACGUAUAAGGGCGCCGAUCUGGAGGCCGGCGGGCGAGCGCGGCCUCUCUAUCCGUCAAUGUUAGAAAGCCCUGAAAUCCGGUGGGCGUUCAUUAGGAAAAUCUACACCAUCGUCUCCAUUCAGAUGCUUCUUACUAUCGCCGUUUCAGCAGUUGUCAUCUCCGUCAGGCCGAUCUCCCAUUUUUUCGUCUCUUCCACUGCGGGCCUCGCCCUCUACAUCUUCCUCGUCAUCUUGCCUUUCCUUGUGCUCAUUCCUCUAUAUUUCUACCACCAGCGCCAUCCAUUAAACCUCCUUCUUCUCGCCCUCUUCACCAUCUCCAUCAGCUUCACCGUAGGACUGGCAUGCGCGUUCACCAAAGGGAAGGUUAUUCUUGAGGCAGCCAUUCUCACCGCAGUGGUCGUCAUCAGCCUCACUCUCUACACCUUCUGGGCGGCAAGGCGAGGCCAUGAUUUCCGCUUUCUCGGCCCCAUACUCUUCUCCUCCCUCAUUGUUCUCAUCGUCUUUGCUCUCAUCCAGAUCUUCUUCCCGUUGGGGAGAAUCUCACAUAUGAUAUAUGGAGGGCUGGCGGCUCUGAUCUUCAGCGGCUAUAUCAUCUACGAUACGGAUAAUUUGAUUAAGCGCUAUAACUAUGAUGAGUAUGUUUGGGCGGCGGUGGCUCUGUAUCUCGACAUCAUCAACUUGUUUCUAGCUCUUCUCACUCUUUUCAGAGCUGCUGAUGCAUGACUGCUUGUAAAUACAUACAUCGAUUUGCUUAUUUAGUUUGGGGAACAAUUGGGAUUCCUGAUUUUUUUUUUCUUUUUUGGAUUUGGUUUUAGAGAUGGUUAAACAUGUUUA